AUGAAAUCCCCAAUCGACUUCGUCGCCGAGAUCCUCGGCGACAUGGAAUACCGCUGGAUCCCCUAUUCCUCACUCUGGUGGCGACUCUGGACCCCGCGCAUCCCGCGCGGCGAUCGCUACCACGAAGGCGCCUUCGUCGGCUACGUCCUCGACGACGACGACGCAGUAACAUACGACGAGGACGGUGUGCCCGAUCUCUCGGGCCUGUCGCGCAUCGACAUCCGUCGGCUGCUGGCUAUUACGCCGAUUCGGAGGGUGUACAAGAAGCUGCCGUGGAUUGAUGUGGUGCCGAUUACGAGGCCGGUGGAACAGAUGUCGGAGGAGGAGGUGAGGGACCGGAAGAGGUUUGUGAUGGAUUCUACGUUGGAUGCGUAUGAGGCGGGGAAGGCGUUGUAUCCGAGGCGGGUGUUGGAGGAUAUUGAGAGGCAUCUGCGCGCCCGUCUGCGCGCCCGUCUGCGCACUCGUCUACUGGCCUACUGCAAAGCUCCGCAGACCGUCUUUAUCUCGUACCCGGGCUUCGACGACGUAACGACCCAUGUUGCGGCCUGGGCCCCGGGGGCUGAGAUGAGCAAGAUUGUUUACUUUAACGACAGCGCCUCCGCCUCCCCCACCCUUCGACUCGGCACCAUCGUCUACCGACCAGGACGCACCCAAGUCGAGUUCCGUUCCCUGCAAGAACUCAUCAUGCCCGAUCCCGCCAACACAGACGAGCAGUUUGUGCCUGACAGCUGGAUGCCCUCGAUCGGGUUCCAGCCCAUCGUCGUGCGGAAAUGGCCGUACGGCGUGCUGGGGAUGCGUGAGGAGAUGGAGGGGGUGCCGCAGUUGACUGUGGAAGGGAUGAGGGAGGCUGUGGAGAGGGCGAAGGCGACGAUUGAGUCGGGGUUGGCGUGGAGGACGUUGAGGGAGAGUGUGGUGGGUCAGAGUGAAAGUGAGACUGCAGGGACACCAAACCGGGUGUUGCAAGGGGUAGACAAGAUUGUGUUUUUCUAUGCCGAAGGACUAAGCGACGACACCGUCGAGUACAGCCAGCGGGGCCUGUUUCUGCUCUCCUUCGCCCUCUGCCUCCGGGAUCUCAUCACAUCUCUCCAAAACACCAACAACACCUCUCAUACAGAAUCAACCCCCCAAAUCCCCAUCUACCUGCCCUCCCACGACCUCUAUCGCCGCUGGAACUCCGCCGAACUCUCUUUCCUCCGCUCAAACAACAUCACCCUCGUCCCCUCCAACGCCCGCCUCUUCCUCACCAUCGACGCCACCACCGCCGUCCUCUCCUACCGCCACUGGUCUCCCGUCAAACAAGUCAUCGCCGACCUCGCCCGUCCCGCCGUAUUCAUCUGCCGGCCCGUAGACACCUACAACCCAGACUCGCUAGACGAUCGGGAGCGCGACUUUGACUGUGGUCCGUUGCCGGUUGUGCGGUCGAGGGUGGUAGAUGAUGGGUGGAGUAUGAAGGCUAUGGAUCCGGAUUCGCCGAGGGUGAGGAAGAUGCUUGUGGAUGGCGGGGGGUAUGAGAGGUUUGAGAUGCCGGGGUUGCCUGGUGUGGAGGUUAUGGAACCCGGGGAAGGUGAGGAAGCGGGGGUUGGGAGGGAGGAGAGAGAGAAGGUGUGUUUGUAUUUGAGACGGGAGGGGACGUCGACAGAGGUGCCAUAUUGGUGA